UACCCCAAAUAUCACACGCAAAUGGACUACUUGCAUAGCUGGUUGCCGCGCUAAUUUAUCUGUGUCACCCCGGCCAUGCUCCGGACGUGUCAACAUUGCCACACCCACCAUGCUUACUUUGUAUAUCACGUCGCAAGUGCGUAAUUGAUGAAUUGUGAGCUAAUUUUGAAGAGCCAAGGAAGCACGGGAGCACAGAAAUGGCGUUCAUCGCAAGACGCCUGGUGUCCACGAACAAGCGGCGCUACCAGGAGGAUGGCUUCGACCUGGACCUCACAUACAUAACCCCGCGCAUCAUCGCUAUGGGCUUCCCUUGCGACGGCUUCUCAAGCCUGUACCGCAACCCGGCCGUGCAGGUGGCGGCGCUGCUGGAGUCGCGGCACGGCGGUGGGCGCUACCGUGUGUACAACCUGUGUGUGGAGCGCGGGUACGGCGACCCGCAGCUGUUCGGAGGCCGCGUGGUGCGGCUGCCGCUGUAUGACGGACAGGCUCCGCCGCUGCCGCUGCUUGUGUCCAUGUGCCGCGACUGCCGCGACUGGCUGGGCGCCCACCCCGCACACGUGGUGGCGGUACACUGCAAGGCCGGCAAGGGGCGCACCGGCGCGGCCGUGUGCGCGCUGCUGCUGGCGCUGGACCCGGCUUUGGGCCCGCACUCGCUGGACGCCACCCUGGCCUUGUGGGCGCAGCGGCGCACGCGCGACGGCAAGGGGCUCACCAUACCCAGCCAGCGCAGUUACGAAAAUGCAAGACGAGCGCGCCAGAAGUCUGUGGAGCAGUUCCACCGCCUGCUGCUGGCCGCCCUGGCCGCCAGCACCCCCUCAGCGGGGCCGCCCUCGCCCGCAGCCGCGCACACAGAGGCGGGGCACCCAGCCGCCGGGGCCGGCGCCAGCAGCCACGUGGGGUCAGCGGCCCUGCUCCCCGGCUCUUCUACUGCUGCACCUGCCGCUGCUGGCAGCAGCUUGACAGCAGCCGGUCUAGGCGCCACGGAUGCAGCAGCAGCUACUGCUGCUGCUACUGCUGCUGCUGCUGCUGCUGCUGCUGCUGCUGCCGCCACUACUGCGGCUGCAGCAUUGGAUGCGGUGGAGGUGCCGCAUGCGGGCGUGGUGCUGCGGCGGCUGGUGCUGCGGGGCCUGCCGGAGCCACUGCUGCAGCGCUGCACUGUGGCGGUGUGGUGGCGGCCCAGCGGCCACUACGAGGCGCGGCCGCUGUGCUGCGUGCACACCGGAGCACCUGCCGCAGCGGCAGGCGGCAAUGGAGGCGGAGGCCGGGGCGGCGGAAAGGACGGUGCAGGGUGCUUGGGCGGCGGAGCAGGUGCAGGCCCGCCGGGCGAUGGCCAGUGCGGGAGCGGCACCGGUGGCGCAACCUGGGUUGUCAAACGCGGGGCGGCGGGUGGCGGCGCCGGCAGCGCUCCAAUUGGCAGCAGCCCUAUGAGCCACCCCAGCAGCAGUAGCAAUGCCAGCGCGCCGGAACUCAUCAUAGACCUUACGUCGGUGCCCAGCCCGCCGCCGCCACCAGCGCCCACGCCGCUGCCCUACUUCCAGCCGCCGGACCCUCCUCCCCACCCGCCACCGCCCUCACGGUCCAGUGCCUGGCCGCACGCCGCCGCACGCUACACCGGCGCCACUGGUGCGAGUGGCACUCACGGCCACAGCGGCGGCGCCCAGACUGGAGGCGGCAGUAGCAUGGCAGGUGGCAGCGGUGGCGGCGGCGGCGGCGGGCCCCUGCUGGCGGGCGACAUCAAGCUGCAGCUGUUCAAGGGCCACGUGGUGGACCCCGCGCCCGACAUCUUCAAGGGCCGUGUCAGCCAGUUCGGCGCCUGGCUGCACACCGCCUUCAUGCACGACCUCUCCCAGCAGCUGCAGCAGCAGCUGCCGCAGCGGCAGCAGCAGCCUGGGGAACUUGGAGGGCAGCAGCAGCAGCAGCAGGCUGCGCAAGUUGCUGGGGAGCAGCAACGUUGGGCGCAUGGGGCGCAGCAGACGGCAGCGGCAGCAGCAGCUGGGCCCGGUGGCGCCUGCACCUUGACGCUGACAGGGGCGCAGCUGGACAAACUGGCAAAGGCGCUGCGGAAGCGACGACCCGAGAUCUCUGUGGCGGUUGAGUAUGAGUUGCACUGAACAAUGGGGCGGGGGCAGGCGUGCAUGGGUGCUGGGUGGGUGCUGCUCAGCUGCUCGGGGCGGGAGUGGCCCAUUGACUGUGUGACCUGGCACCGUUUCAACUAUGGAGCCGGCGGCGUUUGGCGCGGACAGGCCUGUGACCGGACAUACUGAUUGGCAUACUUCAAUUCUUCAUGGAUCAAUGGGACCAGCAUAUUUGAGGUAGCGGGCGCUUAGCUGGCGGGUGGGUCCGGAACGGGUCGCGGAGGCGAAGCUGGAGGAGUUGUCGGACCUGCAGGUGGAGCAGUAGUGGGUGCAGCAAGACUUUGGGCGGUGCCUGUAGCCUAGAGUGAAGGGGAGCCACCACAGGUGACCGUGUGACCUGCGCAAGUUCGGACUGUGGAGCUGGCGGUGGGCAGGCGGGAGGCCGGGCGUACUGAUUGCCAAUCAUCUCUUCAUGGACGAGGUCAAUGUGACCACUAUUCUGAAUUUAGCGGGCAUUUAGCUAUAGGAUGGGUCUCCGGAAGGCAGGGGGUUGCCGGGGACUGCCGGGGUGAGAGCGUGUGAGACAGAUGAGCGCAUGCAUGUGAAGAGGCCCGCGCACCCCAAUUCGCUGGUGACUGGCGCUUUCUGUGUUGCUGCGGUUGCUGUAGGGUAGCCAACAGGUAGUGGAUCAGACGUGAACGUUCCUCGUGAACUCUCUGAAGCGCAAUUCCACUGCCGAUACCAGCGU